GAAAAUCGUGAUUUGGUUUUUAGCUGCUACGCUUAUUGCUGGAUGCAUGGCGCAGAUCGCUGACCUACGCCGCAUUAUUAAAGAUCCCCUUCACAUAAUUCACAAGCGCGACUUUCGUAACCCCUUUCAAAAUAGAAGUCCUCAACAGCAAAACGAUCGCGGGCAACAAAUGGCACAGCAAUUGCAACAACAACUGCAACAACAAAUGCAACGACAAAUGCAACAACAAAUGCAACAGCAACAGCAGCAACAGAGGCCACAGCAGCAAGGAGGACAACGAUGGCAGGGACAAGGAAACAACAUGGGAGGAGGGCUUUGGAAUGGGAACGGUUGGAACGGCAAUGGACGAGAAAGAUUGAUUUGAAGG